AUGAGCGACAACGAGAGCGUGGAUUCAAGCUCCAGCGAGGAAAUAUCACCUCCUUGGGGCACAAUUCCAGCUGAGAUCUACUUACUGCGAUAUCCACCGCCUCCUCCUCCGGCUCUAGGCCCCCAGGAACUGAUCUUCCUGAAAGCUUGGCGUCCCCUCUCCAUCCGCCACCUAGCCACCGAUCCCGGUCAAAUUGGCAACGUCUGGCUUCGCACGUUCUAUGGUCCUGGCAGCGAUGCCAAACACGCGGCCUUGAUCUCACACAUUGACCUUGACAAUGCUGUCGAUAAGGAGGAGAGGCUACUUGACGAUAGACUACUCUAUGGCCGCUUGGAGGGAAAGUGGAACGGUCUGUUGGAGCUACUGCCCGAGCUACUUGUGGCUGAUUGGGAAGGGGAUGAAAGGUGGCUGGGGUAUAGGAGACGCAUUGCGAAGGAUGUGGAGGCGUUCAGGAAUGCAAAGAAGAGAUUUGAGCAUGGGGCCGUUGCUGUGGGUGACGUGGCAGAGGGGACGGAUGAGCUUGCAGAGGCGAUGGAGAGACUGAGAGCUUUUCUACCCGAGGAGGAGGUGCAGCCACGGAUUCUAGAGGUGCUACGGUCACAUGUGCAGGCGGAGUGCGUGGUUGCUUAUCUCAUCGUUGAGGAUGAAGAGGCUCUGGAGGAGGAGGAGGAGGAGGGACUAUUGUUGUUGGUUUUCGUGGAUGCGUUCGGGAGGGUGGUGAGGAGCAACAGGGUUUGUGCUAGUGAGGCGGAGCAGAUGGGUGGGUUUUGGCUAGAGGAGGCUUGGGGUGACAUUGCGGAGUGGCAGAACGGGAAGACUGGAAGCGAUUAUGAAGACGAUGAGGCAUGGGAAGCGCUCUUGAAGCAUGAAGAGCUGAGUUGA